AUGGUACUAAAUAUAAAAAGAGCGUCGUCUCUGGACGGCGCCACUGUUAAUGUGCAGGAUGUGCUAAAACCGUUCGAUCAUCAGGUCGGCGGUCACACCCCAUUCACCUCUCUCCCAAACGGACACCUCCUUAAACCGUGUGAUGAGCGGGAAAUCUAUUUCUAUCAAAAAAUGCCAAAAAUCAUAAAAUCGAUAGCUCCGAAAUGUUGUAGCACGAUCCAGGGCAGCUCGGUGAGCACAUUCGACGACAGUUGUGUCAAUUGUCGACAACAUCAGUUGGAGAAUGUGGUGAUACCCGAGAGUAUCGAGGGAUCACCGAUUUUGAAUAAGAGGAAAUUGUCAAAAAACUUCAUCGUCCUCUCCGACCUGACCUACCGUAUGAAGUCGCCUCGAAUUCUUGACUUGAAGCUGGGCACUCGUCAACACGGCGAUCAGGCUACAGUAGCCAAAAUCGCGUGUAUGACAGCGAAAUGUCAGUCGACAACGUCAGCCAGUUUGGGGAUACGAUUAUGCGGUAUGAAAUGUCCUCCAUCCGACCAACACAAUCAGAUAUCAAUCAAUAAAUAUGAGGGUCGAGAAAUGGGAAAAUUGGAGUUGUUCAUGGCGGUCCGCCAGUUCUUCAAUGUAUCUGAAACUGUGCUGGAAGUGGUGCAAAAAAAAUUAUUGGGAAUCAGAGAUGUGUUGAGUGAAGCGGAUGGAGUUAGACUGUUUGGAGCGUCUUUGCUGAUUGUUAUAGAGAGUGAACCUACUGAUUCCACACCAACCGACAACCUGGUGCGUAUCAAAGUGGUGGACUUUGCCAACUCCACGUUCGACGGCUUCCAAGGUGACAAUUUCUAUGAAGGGCGUGACGAAGGCUCUAUUCUGGGUCUCGACACGCUUCUCGGAAUUGUGCAAGGAUAA